AUGGUGGAUUCCGAGAAGUAUCCACCAAUGGGAUUUAUUUACGAAGCUAUGGAUAGGGCUAAAGAAAAAAUUGCUCAAAAUCUAAAUCAUGAUGUUAUAAAGUAUCAGAUUGUUUGGGAUAUUGUGGAUAGUCGGUGGGAUCGUCUACUUCACACACAUUUGCACGCUGCUGCAUAUUUUCUAAAUCCUCAUUUCCAAUAUGAACCUUCAUUCUCUUCUCAUCAUGAGAUUAAAUUGGGACUUUAUUCUUGCAUGGAGCGAUUAAUUGGCGGUUCAGAAGAAAGAGAGAAAGUGGAUUUGCCGAUCGAUUCUUUUCGAAAUGCACAAGGUUUAUUUGGACGGGUAAAUGCAGUAAGCACGAGGAAGAAGAGAAGUCCAGCGGAUUGGUGGAGAGCUUUUGGAGAUCAAACGCCUAAACUUGCAAAAUUUGCAAUUAGAACCUUGAGCUUGACUUCUAGUGCUUCUGGAUGUGAACGGGAUUGGAGCUCCUUUAAUCAAUAUUUUAAUGAACAGGUGCAUACAAAGAGAAGAAAUCGCUUGAAGCAAGCGAAACUCAAUGAUUUGGUUUACAUUAUGUUCAAUUUAAAACUAAAACUCAGCGAGUUAAAGAAGAAAACAAUUAAAGAUUCCCUUUGUUUGGAUGAUGUAGACUCUGGCGAUGAAUGA